CCCUUUUUUUUCCUUUCCCAACGGCGGGCGUUUUGCAUGUGAAGCAGCAGCAUGAUGAAGAAGAGAGGAGCAGAGGAAAGAGAGAAGGAUGCAAAGAAACAGAAGCUCCUGGAUGAACUCGGAGAGAGCUGCCUCCCCUAUCUGACGCCGGAGGAAGAUGGGUUCCACGAACUGUGGAAGACAAAAUAUUCCAAACUCAUCUUCAGAAAUGCUGGGAAGAUUCCCAAAGAGGUCCACAAAGAAGUUCAAAAAGCUUUUUUGACGUUGCAAAAGCACGGUUGUUUCUUCCAAGAUCUUGUAAGGAUCAAAGGGAAAGAUUUCGUUACCCCAGUAUCUCGUAUAUUAAUUGGAAACCCAGGAUGUACUUACAAAUAUUUGAGCACGAGGUUAUUUACGGUCCCCUGGCCUGUGGAAGGUUAUGAAAUAAAUUAUUCCCGUUCUGAAAUAUCCAAGGCUUGUAAGGCAUUAAUCAAACUUAAUGACUACUUGCACAGAGAAACUGUCCAGGCUUUGCAAGAGCAGAAUUUGGCCGAGACAAAAGAAACUGAAGAUUCUGCUGCCGCCGAUAGGCAUCGGGAUUAUGCUUCUUCCAUUACCGAGAUGGGGUCCGUUUUGCGAGAUCAAAGCCCUUCUCAUAUCCCGAAGAAUGACUGUACCGAUCUGAAAGAGAGAACAUCUUACAACCUGACGUUAUUAAAUUAUAUGGAUCCACAACAAAUGCCAUUCCUGAAACCGGAGCCGUAUUUCGGAAUGGGGAAAAUGGCUGUGAGCUGGCACCAUGAUGAAAACUUAGUUGAAAGGUCAACGGUGGCUGUGUACAGUUAUUGCCGCGAAGAACCUGGCGUUGAUAUUCUCGAGGGACAGGCUCCACAUGGCAGAGACCCAGCUGUCUGGCAUGUUGCUUUGAAAGUAGCUUGGGACAUAGAGACCCCAGGGGUCGCUAUACCUCUUCACCAGGGAGACUGCUACUUUAUGCUAGAUGAUCUGAAUAUGACCCAUCAGCAUUGUGUCCUGGCUGGCUUGCCACCGAGAUUUAGCUCAACCCACAGGGUGGCAGAGUGCUCCCAGGGGACAUUGCCCUAUAUAUUGGGACAGUGCAACAGAGCUGUUGAGAAUUUGCUCGCCGACACUGAUGUGGGAUUUCCCGCUCUGAAAUCGCUGGAUGUCACAGUUAUAAAGCAAGUGGAAAAAACCCAUAAUGAGGCUGAAUUUGAGUGGCUGCGGCAAUUUUGGUUCCAGGGUAAACGAUACAGAAAGUGCACUGAUUGGUGGGACAAGCCCAUGGUAGCUCUGGAAGAACUCUGGAAAAAGAUGGAGCUCAUGACAAGUCUACUGCUCUGUGAAUUCAGAAAAGAAGAACAGAUGGAGGAACAAAGGGACGACAGAAUCAGCUGCAUUCUGCCCCUCCUUGCGGAGCGUCAGGAGUUACGGCAGGAAUGGCUUGCGAGGUGCCAUUCACCACUUUCAGAGCGUUUACCAGACGAUGAGAAGCCAGAAUGCCAUCCCUACUGGCAAGAAGAUGCUUCCAUGCCACUCCCGUUCAAUCUUGAAGAUAUAAUCAUUGAACUGCAAAGUAUCCUGGGAGUCUAGAAGGAGAACUUUCAUUUUAAAUUGGCCAACAAUUCAUUGCUAGUCUUUUGCAAAGACAUUUGUUCUGUAAGAGGGACUAGAUCUCUCUAAGAAAACAAAACAGCCAAUGGAAUUAUUCCGGAGUAAGUAAUAUUCCAGAGGAAUCAUCAGUUAAGAAAUUAAGUAAAAUGUACAUCAGAGGCACAAGAACAUGAAAGAAAGAUUAUUUGUGGUUUGUUUUGAAUUUGGAAAAGCAAGCAGCACCAUGCUGGGUUUCAGAUGGGCUGUGUGAAAUGAAAAACCAAUUACAAAUUAUUUUAGCGUAAAUGGUGUACGUUUUUUCUUUCAGAUGAUAAACAAAGCAACACAGGAAAACGCUAUCUAGUAAUCCGUGAAAGCACUAAAGCUGCCUUCUGUUGCAAUCCUAUGCACACUUACCUGAGAAUUAGCCCCUUUGAUCCCAGUGAGGCUUAUUUUUGAGAAGAUAUAUAUAGGACCAGCUCCUGUGCAAACCUGCUGCCUUCAGGUGUGGUAAAGGAUGCUGUCCCAUUGCCAAUGUAGAAGGAAGAUUCAAUUGCCAACACAGGUAGCUCUGUACCUGGGGUCGUGGAAAAAAGGUUGGGGCCAGGGAAGGGGGCAUCCCCAUCUAGCAACCCCCAGAGGGCCACGUUGGGACCCCGGGCACGGUGGAUUUGGCCCAUAGUCUGGAGGUUCAACACACCUGCCCUAUAUGAACAUAUAUGUUAUUUUGUCAAACAGAUUUUUUUUAAAAAAAUGGAUCUCCAAUCUUGCAUUAGAACACUGAACCUAUUUGCUUUCACUUCACUGAAUGUAAUGCCACAGUUUAUAUCGGCAGGCUUUUAACCAUCAGGUCCCACAUGCAUUUGGAUCAUUGUAAUUUCUUCGAGAUUGCAAUAUAAGCCCGUUUUCUAGACGAUGAGGAAGAUCCUGCUUGGGGAAGGGAAAAAAAAAGAAUAGAAAAGGCAGCUCCCCUCCAUCAUGAUGAAGCCAAUUGCCUUUCAACAAAACACGAUGGAUCGAAAGAAACUGAAGUGGUUACAUGAAGA